AUGGUGACACGCAAGCUCCGUUUAAAUGCAGCAUUUUACCAUAGACUGCAAUGUUGCAUCUGUGUGGUUGGAGGUGAUGAGCCAAAGCUAAAAGCACCAUGUGUCGAACGAUUUGAUGACUCUAGCGUAUUUGAAGAGGGAAACGCCCGAUCGAUGUCGAUGUUGUAUUCAUCAAAACGUGAUGAGCACUGA